AAGGAUACAAAACUCAUGGAAGUUGAUUGGGAUUUGCAUGCGGUGGUGAGAGGCUGCGCCACCGUCACAACCAGCAGCAGUGGUGGUGCCGCAGACAGUUCUUUCAUGGCGGAUUUGCAUCCUCAAUCCGGGUUUUCACCUUUUCAGGGUCAAAUCUUGUCUUUCCCAAAUCAGUUGGAAGCAAAAAAUGGUAUGGAGGAACUGCAUGAGCUUUACAAGCCUUUCUUCCCCAAAUCGCAGCCUCUACCCUCGCAGAUGAAACUAAAACAACAGCAAGAACAUAAGAAUAAGCAUUCUCAAACUGUCUCUGUUACAAGCGUUGUUACAAAAGCUAGUAGCACUUGUAGGAUUCCCAGUUCUUAUAAUUCUCGAUCUAAAAGAAGCAGAAAGAAUCAGCUGAAAAGGGUUUGCCAAGUUCCGGCAGAGGGUCUAUCUUCAGAUGUGUGGGCAUGGAGAAAAUAUGGUCAAAAACCCAUCAAAGGCUCUCCUUAUCCAAGGGGCUAUUACAAAUGUAGCAGCUCAAAGGGGUGUUUGGCUCGGAAACAAGUGGAACGGCACAGAUCCGACCCCAAUCUCUUCAUUGUCACGUACACCGGUGAACACAGCCACCCUGCUCCGACGCACAGGAAUUCACUCGCCGGCAGCACCCGCCAGAAGUCUUUCGUUCCACAAACGGACGCCGCCGGUGACUCGAUCAAAUCUUCCUCUGUUAAACCCGCCAACAGUUCGUCUCCGGCGACCUCCGUCACCGUGGAUGAAGGGGUUGUGGUUCAAAGUACAAAGGUGGGCAGCAUAGAGGAUUUGGUCGAGGAUGAAAGGGACGAUGAGUUUGGGAUGGACACGGCAGUGAGUGAUGAUUUCUUCGAGGGUUUGGAAGGAAUCGCUGAAAUGGUCGCCGGAGAUUGUUGUGCCGAUAAUUUCCCUGCAAGUUUUGACCUUUCUCGGAUUGCUAACAGUGCACCUACUGCCGCCGGUAGAAUCUAAAACUUGCCUGGGUGUGUAAUUUAUUUAAAAAAAAAUCAUGUACUUGUCAUACCCUUUUUGGUAGAAUCUAAGCCAACAAUGCUUUUCUUCUGUAAUUUGUAGAAUUCCAAUAAUGAGUCUU